AAUCAUGAAUGAAUACUGUCUGAAUGAUAUUCAGCAGAGACUUCCGUCGGCGAUGAAUGGAAACGAUGCACUUGACGUAACACGAAUGCGGUCAUUCUAAACACUUUAAUCCUGAAACGAUCAAACUCAUCUGGUGGAUGGGAGUGAGAGAGACUGGUCCGCUCGGUUAAAGCCGGAUGCCGGCUCUUGAUAUACGAUCGUGGUCGUCUCAUUACGGUUUACCGGUUAUACCCCGCGUGUAUGUGAGUGCCAUUAUAGUUUGUCGGUUAACGUGUUAAUUAUGCCGGGGUGCGAGGCGCAUUUACACCGAUAUAGCUUCUGUACUCGGGGCACCAGCAAAGUUAAAUCGUCGUGUGGUACUAAACUGCGGAUUCGAUAGGGCAAUGUUUAUGCGUACCCACAAAGCCUUUGUCCAAAACAUCAGAGAUCGAUAAAUCGCUCAAACAAAUAUUGUCUCGUCAUGGCUGGAGUACAAACAAUCCCCCAUAAAUCAAGUUGACAAGAAAAAAAAGAGCACCACGCAUUUCCAGAUGUAUCUCACGUGUGACGCAAACAUUGUCAUUUCUUAUCACAAUGGCCUCGAGUUUUUCUACUUGCUUCACUCCAAUGACUUUGACAGCAUUUACGAGCCCACAAUAGCUGCAUCUUGAGAAUUGAGACGUCGAAUAAACCCAGACGAAGAAACUGAUAAAUCAGAGAAAUUUAUUUGAGAGGAAACGAUGCCGCCGAGAGACUUGAAACGGAAUCCUUACCCAGUGCCUGACGUCUCCACCGAGGGAUUUUGGAUCUCAGAUGGUCCAAUUCUCGGCAAAAACGUGUCGGAAAAAGACAGAGAUUGGGCGACUAGGUUAGAGCCCCACGAGCGAUUAUUUGCUCAUCACACACUCACAAGUAUUCGGCGAGAUCACCGUCUCAUUAGGCCUCAGGUACCCGAUGAUGCACUAGACUUAGCCCUUUCUGCCACGUACAUCCACAGUCAAGAUACCAUGGUCCCCAAGAUGUACGUCAUCAUGCAACCGGAGUCCCUCAACUGGGAGACCUGGCGAGUCCUCCGGAAUGACACGAAGGUCCUGAAAUCUAAAACAAAGCCUCGAGAUACCCCCCCGAAGAAGCCGCCUCUGACAAAAACAAAGACGUCAGCAAAACCAAAGAAAAGUGCAGCUCCUGGUGGAGGUCGAGGUGCAGUAAGAGACACUGGAUCAGCGGCACCAAGAAAAGGGGAUGAAGACGACGAUAUUCUGGAUAAGGAGCACAGACGACUGACUUACGCUGCACAAAUGAUGGCAAUCGAGAGGAUUCAUCCGAGCAGUCUAAAGCUGGCUAUCGACGGUCCUCAUAUAGGUCUCACAAAUCCAGGGUACAGUCGUAAAAUCGAUGGGACAUUCUACAGCAUAUAAAUUUACUAAAAUGAUACAAAACUCAGCACCCAACAAUUCCAAUUUUUUUUCCUCAAUUUUGCAAAGCCCCUUCAACAAAAAAAAAAUAGGUCGAAACACUCAAAUUUUAUUUACGUUCUUUCGUCAUCACAAAAUUUCCUCUCAACACAAUUUUAUGGAUCAUUUCAAUUUGGUAAUAGUUUCGCGAUGAAUUGAGCCGAAAAAUUAUGUGCUAAUGCCACUCAAAUUUAAUCUGACAUAAAUGUCAAAUAUUUUACGAUGCAAAUGGUGGUGACAGGACCCGAUG